GCCUCUCCCUCAGCUCAGUCUCUAGAGACACGGCACUCUAAUCAGGCCAACCUCGUGAGUUACUUCCCCUGCCACGGCAUACUGUAUGCAUAGCACCUAAGCAUACAGGAGAUAAAAUAGGCUUAUAUUUAUGGUAUACAACACAACUCAAUUCAAAGGAUUCAUCUUUAGAUAUCAAUUUUGAAGAGCACUAUUCAUGACUAAAGUAACAGACGAUACAUACAUUUACAUUUAAGUCAUUAGUGAAUCACUAUCUACUGCAUUACAUUUGAGACUGCUAAUGAGUAUGGUGCUGCUGUUUGACUGUGAUACCACUGAUAUGCAUUUCCUUGUGUGUGUCUGUGAGACGGAGAAUGAGGUUUUUGAGGAGAUCCGAAGGCUGUGUCUGGAAAGGGGGAGUCUGCUCCAGAAGAUUAAAGGUCUGGAGCAGCAGCAGAACAGCGCACCCACUGCCUUGAAGGAGCUGACCCAGCUGAGAGAGUGUCUGGAACAGGCGGAGGCAGAGCGGGACAGGCUACAGACUGAGCUGGAGGAGCUGAAGGCAGGUGUUGAGAAGCUGCUCUCCAGGCGGUCCAGAAAGUCUCCCUCUGCUCUGGAGGAGGCAAACUUCCCGAACUCCACCUCUCCUGGUCCUGCAGACCCAGACACUGUGGCUGAGCUAUGCAGACAGGUGGAUGAGCUGACCACACAGAACCAGGAGCUGGUCCUCAAAGUGCAUAUGCUGGAGAUGUUUGAGAAGGAUGACCCUGACAUGCAGACAACCGGCCCAGACUUUGUCCCCACGGCCCUGUAUGACUGACUCAGGAGGGAGUUUGAAGCUCUACAGGAGCGCUACUCCCAG